CAAUCUCAUCUUCUCUUCUGUCUUCUUCUACUCGGCGAAUUUUCUCGAGAAACCGAAACUGAAAAUUUUCAAUCGAAGUUCUGAAGAAAAAAGAUGGAGAGAAGACAAGCGAAGAUCCAUGUCUUUGUACUGAUCGGUCUGAUACUAUUGAAUUCGAUCAAUCAAAUCUCAUCUCUCUCUGUAACGGUGAACGACGAAGAAUGUGUCCAAGAGUACGUUCUUUACGAAGGCGACACUGUUUCUGGAAACUUCGUCGUCGUUGAUCAUGAUAUCUUCUGGGGUUCAGAUCAUCCUGGUUUGGAUUUCACGGUGACGUCUCCAGCUGGGAACAUUGUACAAACAUUGAAGGGAACAUCUGGAGAUAAGUUUGAGUUUAAGGCACCAAGAAGUGGGAUGUACAAAUUUUGUUUCCACAACCCUUACUCUACUCCUGAAACUGUCUCUUUUUACAUUCAUGUUGGUCAUAUUCCCAAUGAGCAUGACUUGGCCAAAGACGAACAUUUGGACCCGGUAAAUGUUAAGAUAGCUGAGCUGAGAGAGGCUUUGGAAUCUGUUGUUGCUGAGCAGAAGUAUUUGAAAGCACGUGAUACUCGUCACCGUCAUACAAAUGAGAGCACGAGAAAGCGUGUGAUAUUCUACACAGUAGGA